UCUCUCUUGCACCCUGCAGGCCGCCGUAGUUGUAGUUCCCCCCACCGGAGGAUGCCGGGAUUUGUAGUCUUCAGUCCUGUGUUGGUUAUGGAAGCUGGUUGUUAGAAGCUGUGAGUUUCCUGUUCUCAUGCUGACUUCCCCCCGAUUGCUCACCUCCCGGGUAUUGCUGUUCCAGCUCUUCAGUGGCACGCUCAUGGGAGACAUGACUUCCAAGACCCAGCUGCCCGCUAAGGACGCCUCUAUGGCUGGUCGGUCGGAGAAGAUACAGGUUUCAGAUGUUACAUACAGCAAAGGCACAAUUGACAAGCAGAAGCUACCCGAUGAAAAGGAAGUCCUUCCCGGUAGGCCAGAGAAAAUGAAGGUCUCAGGUAAACACCAUGUUAAUGGCAAUUCAACAGUCGAACCUUUUCCAGAAGGGACACAAAUGGCUAUAUUCGGUAUGGGCUGUUUUUGGGGCGCAGAGAGGAAGUUCUGGAGACAGAAGGGUGUCUACUCCACUCAAGUUGGCUACGCUGGUGGUCACACACCCAAUCCCAGCUAUCGAGAAGUUUGCUCAGGCAGGACAGGUCAUGCAGAGGUGGUCCGAGUUGUCUUCAAGCCAGAAGACAUCAGCUACGAGAAACUGCUAAAGGUCUUCUGGGAGAGCCAUGACCCAACUCAAGGGAUGCGUCAGGGUAACGACGUUGGAACAAUGUAUCGCUCUGCCAUCUUCACCUAUACCAAGGAACAGUUGGAAGCUGCCUUGAAAUCCAAAGACGAUUAUCAGAAGGAGUUGACUGCGAACGGACAUGGAAAUAUUACCACUGAAAUCCGAGAGGAGACCUCCUUCUACUACGCAGAGGAUUAUCACCAGCAGUAUCUGAGCAAGGUUCCCGAAGGGUACUGUGGACUGGGCGGCACUGGCGUCUCCUGCCCCAUCGGUCUCAAGUAAUACUUGAUAAAGUUGAUAAAGUAGUGUAGGGUUAGGUGCCCACUCCUAGCAUGCCUACUACAAUGUUGGUGAGCAGUGCAUGCUGGGGGCUUCUAGUUUUUCACCAGAUCACAGCCAUCAUCUUUUUCGAGCUUCCCACCAAAUAUGGCUUUUCUCAGGACAAUCAAUGUAUACAGCAGCAUUGAUAAUCUGGGCUUCCUUCAAGUUUUACUGUUGAAUAUUCACAUUACUUGUGCAAACAAUAAAUUUAUUUGCUAUGAGAAACGGC